GGCUUGUGGGCGUGGUCAUGGGUGGGCUGCUCAGGAAACACAGCACGCCGCAUCCCGUCAUCACACGCAGUAAGUCCGCGCUGAGACUUGAAUAUUUUAGAGCCGGGAUCAGACAGGAACAAUGCGGAGCUCAUGGCGGUGUUAGUGCUCGGUUUAACUGGGUAGAAGGCAGCGUGUUCAGCAGCCCGGAGUGGCGGAUGUGAUUAGAGAGAGGCGAGCGAGCGCGUGGUGAUCAUGGUGGCGGGGGAGAUGGUGCAGGAGCCCGUGAGGCGCGGGGACACACCUGCCCCUGGCGGAGGCAGCAGCGCGGAUCUGUGCGCCAGCGUGGACGAGUGCGCGGUGAGGGAGGUGCAGGAGCCGGACCCCGAGCCUCCUCCCGCAGAGAGCCACGCCAUGCUCCCCGCAGAGCAGCAGAAACCUCUCCACACCAGGCUGUACCGCAGGCGCUUCGCAGUGCUCGCCAUCUUCAGCCUGUACUCCCUGCUCAACGCCUUCCAGUGGAUCCAGUACAGCAUCAUCACCAACGUCUUCACGCACUUCUACAGCGUCACCAACCUGAUGAUAGACUGGCUGUCGGUGGUCUACAUGCUGGCGUACAUCCCGCUCAUCUUCCCCGCUACCUGGCUGCUGGACCGGGCCGGGCUGCGGGUCACUGCGCUGCUCGGCGCCGGACUCAACUGCGCAGGCGCGUGGCUGAAGUGCGCGAGCGCCGGGCCCGGGCUGUUCUGGGUCACCAUGGCGGCGCAGGGCGUCUGCUCUGUGGCCCAGGUCUUCAUCCUCGGCCUGCCCUCCAGAAUCGCGUCCGUGUGGUUCGGCCCGAGAGAGGUGUCCACUGCCUGUGCUGCUGCCGUGCUGGGAAACCAGCUGGGCGUGGCUAUAGGGUUUCUGCUGCCACCUGUCCUGGUCCCUAACACACCAGAUGAUAAAGAUCUGAUGGCCCACAAUAUAAGUAUAAUGUUCUAUGGGACAGCUGCCAUCUCGACCGUGCUCUUCAUUUUAACAGUCAUUGUCAUUCAAGACAGACCCCCUGUACCCCCAAGCCAAGCUCAGGCGGUGUUGCCCACGGGCCUAGCAGAAGAUUAUUCCUAUAAACAGUCCAUCAUUAAUCUAUUCAAGAGCAAGCCGUUCGUCCUGCUCCUGCUGAGUUACGGCAUCAUGACCGGAUCGUUCUAUUCAGUGUCCACGCUCCUCAACCAGAUGAUCAUCAGUCAUUAUGAGGGAGAGGAGCUGAACGCAGGCAGAAUCGGCCUCACCCUGGUCGUGGCUGGAAUGGUAGGCUCCAUCCUUUGCGGGCUGUGGCUGGAUCAUACGAAAACCUACAAAAUGACGACGCUGAUCGUGUACGUUCUCUCCUUCGUCGGCAUGCUGGUGUUCACCUUCACGCUGGACCUGGGCCAUCUACUCGUGGUCUUCUUCACGGGAGGAGUACUUGGGUUUUUUAUGACCGGAUACCUGCCCAUUGGUUUCGAAUUUGCUGUUGAAAUCACCUACCCAGAGUCCGAAGGCACUUCAUCCGGUCUUCUUAAUGCUUUCGCUCAGUUGUUUGGAAUCAUCUUCACAUUAAUUCAAGGGAAGCUCACCACAGACUACAACCCGCUGGCCGGAAACAUCUUCCUGUGUGCCUGGAUAUUCAUCGGCAUCAUUCUAACAGCGUUGAUAAAAUCAGAGCUGAAAAGACAUGAUGUCAACAUGGGCAAUAGAUGUCAGGCGGUUCCUACUGAGUGUCCUGUGGAGAAGGUGUCCAACGGUGUAAAGCUGGAUUUCUCGUCGGAUUUCUCACCCGAGACCACACUGUAAGCCCACUGAGGCCGGAGACUGUGCUACACUCCACCUCCACUCCUCCACCUUCACCUCCACACCUCCACCUCCACACCUUCACCUCCACAACAUCUUCGCAGACCCAACCAAGCUUACUUGAAUUUCCUGUACUGUAAUUCUUUACGGGAUUGUUGAAGCUGCUGAGUAAGCUUUAAUACCAUUAUCUGUAUUUGUAUCUGUAUCUGUUUAGCGCUUAAAACAUUCCUAUCUGUUUUCAUAUUUAAACCAGAAGUGGGCGUGGUCCAUAAAUUUAUUAUUAUUAUUUUUUUUUUUGAAAACACAAACAGGGCUGCUGGAAAAAGACGCCAUUUUUAAUUCACAAAUUAUAACAACGUUAUUUUUAUUUAUUUAUUUGUUUGGUUAUUUUUUAAAUUAUAUAACUUCAGUUAUAUAAAUUUAGUCCUAUGGAAACUUCUGGAAAGCUUUCUAUCAAAGAAAGAAUUUAGAGAGCUGUUUCAAAGCAGCAGUGUCCUUCCCAUAUAAAGAAGCUGUAAUUUACAGUUGACAACAGCAGCCAGUUGACAGUCUAAUAACAUUUGAUCAGACUGACAUUAGAUUUGAGUUUGAUCAGAAACGUUCACCGGACAUGUGAUCAGAAUCCGUUAUGAAGCUGGACGCACUCGGAGUGCUUCUGGAGUUCUUUAAGCAGCAUUUCAUUAUAACAACUUUAUGAUUUUUCACGAUGAUGAAGAACCAUCAUUUUAAGAAUGAUGACAAACAUGAGCAAUGAAGGUACAAGUUAAUAUUUUUAAAAUGGAUUAUUUUUGGAGACCCAGCAGCUGCGUGCAGCUGUUUGCAGCUGCGUGGUUUUAUUUUGGAGCUCAGUAAGACAGUGUUUAGGUCUGAUGAACUACUGAUGAAAAAAAUGCAUGGUCCAUCAUACAAUGACAAUUCGUAUAAUAAUAUUUAUACUGUGAGCAGGGUUGCCAGAUUGUGUGUAGAAUAUCUGUAUAUUGCAGAUAUAUAUUACACAUCAGAAAUGUUCACUACUCUUCACUUUUUUCACAAAACGACUGAGGAAAAGAAGAAAAAUAUGUCUACCAUUUCCCAUGUCUGAAUAUAUUGGGCUAGUUUCGAGUCUGUGGGUUUGGAGUUGUUGUUAGGAUGCUUUUAAACUGCACAUUUAAAAAUCAUGACCUUUUUAUUCGUUUCAUUCUGCGGGAUCCCAACACAUGCACACACAGUCUGAAGCUGGCAAGAAAAAAAAAACAAAUGGAAACAAUUAUUAAUUAUUAAUUAGUUAUUAUUAUUGUGUUAAUGGCACUAGAUAGUUAAGUGUUAUAGUAGCUAAUCCUUAUUCCUGACUAGUUUAUAUUGAAACGUUUAGAUUUCUUUUCCUCAUCCCUACCUGCUGCUUUUUAACAUCUUGUGAUUACUGGGUUUUUUCCAUAUUUUUGUUCCUGCAUUGGUUUAAAUCAGCAAGAUGAAUGCCCAUGAUGACUGAGCAAUUAAAGCACAAAUCAGUGCUGCAUGCAGCGCUUCUGAACCAGGCGUCUGUAAAGCAGAGCACAUGAUUUCCCCACCCUUCAUAAAGCGCAAAACAUCAGCCAUGGUCACUGUGAAGGAGCUCAUUUACACUUAAAGGUGAUUAAAGCUGAGAAAUGGCCUUGCACACCGAGUAGUUUUACAUGAUAAUGUAAAUAAUGUCCAGUACAAAGCCCUCAGUGUGUUAAUUAGCUCUUUAGCUAGCCGACUACUUGGCGACUAAAGACGCUGCAGCACAAUUCUGACAUUCCUUUUAACGUCACGAUGCUCAUUUCCUCUUUUUAACACCGUGCCUUUGCACAUGUUGGCUUUUCUGCACACACACACGACUUCUGAGCCAGUUUCAGCCAUCACAGAACGUGUUAGAAUUAAUUCUAGCAUGAACUCUACUACUGCACAUGAGUGCGGCCUGGACUUAGAAAUACAAAGACGGCUAUGGCACAAUGUUUUUAAUAUUUAUGAAGUGAUUUAAGGAGAGACAUUAGGAUUCUCUGUCAUUCUACUGUGAAAUGGUGGGUUAUUAAAACAGCAGCCAUGUUGUAAAGAAUCUACUGUUUCAUCCUUUCAAACAGCACAACUAUGUAGUUGUUUGUGGAUUUACUGACACGUUCUAACGUUGUGUAAUUUUGGUUUUUGGGGAUUAGUAUUAUUAUUAUAAUUUUUAUUUUUUUACCUCAGAAGUGCGGUAUGUGGGAAAGGACUCUUUUGUAACAGUGUGAUUUACUAUUUCUUUUCAGAUCUAAAUUUUGUAUUGUCAACAACUGCAUAUUUAUGUCCAUUUGAUGGCUUGUUAUUUAUUAGUUUGCAGUCUAAUAUGUUUGUAUGAGCAAAGUGCACUCCUGGGAACGAAUACAUCGCAGUCUUGUUGCUGGCUUCACCUUCAAACCUUUCAGACAGAACAUGCCUGUUUUUGCUUGACGUUUGGAAAAAUAUUUGUAUGAGCUUCAUUAUUAUAUUUGCUGUUCAGAUUACAAUGCGUUCUGGGUCAAUUCUGUAAAUGAAGUCUGUAGUAAUGAUGACUCUCUCUCUGGCCUCCGGGAGGCUGUGUAACCAACAUUACUUUGGCUAAUAAAGUAAACGAAUGGCUGUUGA